AUGUUCUACGACCUGAACGUCGACUACAACCCGUCGUCGACCUCCGACGCUGACUUGUCCAAGACUCUGGCCUUCCUGAGUGAAUUAGGAUACAAUGUCAUUGCCUUGAACCACACCAUCUCUGGCAGGCUGCCAUCAGACCUCUCCUGCGCCAUCCCCGAUCCUCUACCAUUCAAGACCCCGCCUUCCUUGACUAUCCUUCGUCGCUGCACCUUGAUCUUGUCCGAGUCUGCCACAAACAAUCGCCUGGGCGCCCUCGCAAACAGCUACGACAUCCUCGCUUUGCGCCCCGUCGACGAAAAGACCUUCCAACAUGCCUGCGGUACCGCCGACUGCGACUUGAUCUCCCUGGACAUGACCCAACGCCUGGGCUACCACUUCAAAUUCAAGACCGUCUCGGAGGCAGUCAAACGCGGCGUCCGUUUCGAGAUCGCAUACAGUCAGCCUUUAUUGGCUGAGCCUGCUGCCAAACGCAAUCUCAUCAGCAAUGCCACGGGCUUGAUUCGUGCCACAAGAGGUGGUCGUGGUAUCAUCAUCAGUAGCGAGGCCACCAAGGCUGUUGGCUGUCGUGCGCCCUGGGAUCUUGUCAACCUAGCUGCUAUCUGGGGACUGGCUCAGGAUCGCGGCUAUGAGGCUGUCAGCAAAGAGGCUAGGAGUGUUGUCGUUAGUGCCAAGUUGAAGAGAACCAGCUUCAGAGGCGUCGUAGACGUUGUAUAUGGAGGCGACAAGCCGGCAGUCAAGGAACAGUAUGAGAACCAAGGGCAGAAAGACAAGACCAAGGUCGCAGCUCUCAAGGACAACGGCGUCAAGAAGAGAAAGGCCGACGAGGUCGAAGACACAACGACAGAUGCUUCCGAAAAGCCAAUCUCAAAACGAGAGCAAAAGAGAAGGGCAAACAAGGCCAAAAUGGAGGGUCUGGGUCAAACUGCUUCUCCGGCCCUGUAG